AUGCAUUGCUGCUGCCAAUCGCUCAUUGCAGUCAAUGUGCAGCGCCCUCCUAAGAAGCAUGGUCCGGACGUAUCGAUCGACGAGACAUGGUCCAAGCUCUCCGCGAAUAUCCGGGAAAUCCACAAUCACAAUGCCUCUAAUCUUUCUUUCGAAGAGAACUAUCGUUUUGCGUACAACAUGGUUCUCCACAAGAACGGGGACAUGCUGUACAAGGGGACGAAGCAGCUCGUGGGCGAGAACCUGGAUCGUCUCGCGCGAGAGCAGGUCAUCCCUGCGUUCCCGACUGGGAGAAGCGACGAUCCCAUGCACAGGAGUCAGGAGGGCGAACGAUUACUGAAGGCACUGCGGAGUGUAUGGGAUGAUCACAUCUCAAGUAUGUCCAAACUGAGUGAUGUGCUGAAAUACAUGGACCGUGUAUACACCGACUCUGCCCAAGUGCCAAAAAUCUAUGAAGCCGGCCUGGAUUUGUUCCUGAAGCAUAUAAUCCGCCCACCCAUAUCCGAUCACCUCAUUGCUACCAUCCUCGACCUCAUACACAUCGAGCGCGACGGGUAUGUGAUUAACCGUUCAGCUGUUAAGGGCUGCGUGGACGUUUUGCAACAGUUGAGCCCCGAAAAGGAUGGCCCGUCCGUGUACAAGCAAGAUCUUGAGCCUGCCGUUCUACGCGAGAGCGAGAUUUAUUACAGAGAGGAGGGUGUUAAGCUGGUUGACACCUGCGAUGCACCGGAAUAUCUGCGCAGAGUGGAGGCCAGGUUCGAGUCAGAGGAGUCACGGACACAUCAUUACCUAUCCUCUCAAACAGCUCGCCCUCUGCGUCGCAUACUGGAGAACCACCUUUUAACGGCCAAUCUUCAACCCGUUAUCUCCAUGCCCAACUCUGGACUAGAUGCCAUGAUUGACCUCAACAAAUACGACGACAUCGCGCGUCUCUACCGCGUUUUUACCAUGGUUCCCCAAGGUCGACCUACAUUAAGGAAAGCCCUCAAGGAUUCGAUCAACCGGCGAGGUCAAGAAGUCAACCUAGGGAGCACAGUGGAUAUAGAUGCUAACCUUGGAGAACCGGACGAAGACCCCGGAGGCAAGGGCAAAGGGAAGGCACGCCCCCAGGCAGGCUCUCAGACUCUUUCGCUGGCUCUCAAAUGGGUUCAGGACGUUUUGGACUUGAAAGACCAAUUUGAUCAGAUCUGGAAGCGAUCCCUUCAAAGCGACCGUGACUUGGAAAGCGGCAUCAAUGAGGCAUUCGAGUCUUUCAUCAAUCGAAAUGACAAGGCGCCCGAGUUCAUGUCGUUGUUCAUCGACGAGAACCUAAAGAAAGGUCUCAAAGGGGUACGCUUCAUCUCUAAAACGGACACGGAAGUCGAGGCCGUACUGGACAAGGCUAUCACUGUGUUCCGAUACCUUACCGAGAAGGACGUCUUUGAGAGAUACUACAAGGGUCACCUCGCAAAGCGUCUACUCUUGGGCCGAUCAGUUUCGGACGAUGCUGAACGGGGUAUGCUCGCCAAGUUGAAGGUCGAAUGUGGAUAUCAAUUCACCCAGAAGCUGGAGGGUAUGUUCCACGAUAUGAAGAUAUCGGCUGAUACCAUGCAAGCGUAUCGAGACAAGAUGGCUCAAAGCGCGCCUCUCCCCGUCGAGAUUUCGGUGACAGUCAUGACCUCGACGUUCUGGCCCAUGUCCCAUUUGGAUGCAUCAUGUACUCUGCCGGACGUGCUGCUGAAGGCUUGCAAAUCUUUCGAGCAGUUCUAUCUUUCGCGGCAUUCCGGGCGACGUCUCACAUGGCAGCCCUCCUUGGGAAAUGCGGAUGUACGGGUGUCGUUUAAAGCGAGGAAACAUGACUUGAACGUAUCAACGUUCGCGCUAGUUAUACUAUUGCUCUUCGAGGAUCUCGGUGAUGGCGAAUUCCUGACGUAUGAAGAGAUCAAAUCAGCUACGAACAUCCCCGACCAGGAGCUGCAGCGAAAUCUCCAGUCCCUUGCCUGUGCCAAGUGGAAGGUCCUGAAGAAGCAUCCCCCGGGACGCGAUGUGAACCCCGAUGACUCCUUUUCCUUCAAUGCCGACUUCACCGCGAACUUACAGAAAAUAAAGAUUAGCACAGUAGCCGCCAAGGUAGAGUCCAAUGAGGAGCGCAAGGAGACGCGCGACCGCGUGGAGGAGGAACGCAGGCAUCAAACAGAGGCGUGCAUCGUUAGGAUCAUGAAGGACAGGAAACAUAUGACCCAUAUAGAUCUCGUCAACGAGGUUACGAGACAGUUGGCCAGUCGAUUCCAACCGAAUCCUCUUAGUAUAAAGAAACGUAUUGAAGGGCUUAUUGAGCGCGAGUACUUGGAGAGGUGCGAAGACCGCAAGUCCUACAAUUACUUGGUAAGUCACGUCGGAUGA